UUUUAUACAAGCAAUGGCGUCCUCCUAUAACAUGUUCAGAUUGCGUGUGAGGGAAAGAAGCAACCUUGUGAAUUACCUACAGAAAGUUAACACAUUUCUUCCCAGAGGGUUUGUAACGGACGCUGCCCGCGCGCCGGUAGAAGCAGGUGGGAGAGGCCAAACUGUAGAUGAAAAGGAUGAACGCAAGUCUUUGAACACUUUCCUGGUGGAGAGACAAGAACAGGCCGAGAGGUCUGUCCUCAUCAGCUGCCAGUCAAGGACCAAUGAGAAAAAGUUCCUCAAGUUUUUAUCAAAGCACGGAGACAUUAAAAAGCACUUCUUUUAUGAAACCUAUGGCACGUAUGCAGUUGUGGAGUUUGCCAGCCGGGAAUGUGUUUCCUCUGUACUUGACACAGCUGCCAUCCCCAGCGGCAGCCAUGAAGCCAUGCUGCCUUUUAAAUCCAGACUACUGUCACUCAGAAACCUCAGCUUGGUGGACUCAUCAAACCAACAGUCAGGACUUAAGUGCCAGCCACAAACCACCAUUCCCAUUAACGAGCUCAUCCAGAGGCUGUCCAGAGAGGAGAGUGUAGACAGGCAGAUAAUCUCCCUGACAGAGAUCCAUCAGCUUACAGAGGAGAACAGCAGGCUGCGUUUCCUCGUCUGCUCCCUGCUCAAAGACGUUGCUGCUGCUUAUUUUCCAGAAUGCUCCAUCAAACCAUUCGGCUCAUCGGUAAACGGCUUUGGAAAACUUGGCUGUGAUCUGGACAUGUUCUUGGACCUGGACAGCAUCAGUGGCUGGAAUGUAAAGCCUAAAUCAGGUCUGUUCUUAGAGUACCAGAUGAAGCGGGCCAACUCAGAGCGGGCCGUUACCCAGAGCAUCCUGUCUGUCAUCGGGGAGAGUGUGGACCAUUUCGGGCCUGGGUGUGUUGGUGUGCAGAAGAUUCUCAAUGCCCGGUGCCCACUGCUCCGUUUUGCCCACCAGCCGUCUGGUUUUCAGUGUGACCUCACGGCUAAUAACAGAGUGGCCAUGAAGAGCACAGAGCUGCUGUACUUGUAUGGAGAGUUAGACCCACGGGUGCGUAACCUGGUAUUCACAGUGCGCUGCUGGGCUCGAGCUCACGGCAUCACCAGCACCAUUCCUGGGGCGUGGAUUACCAACUUCUCCCUCACCAUCAUGGUGCUGUUCUUCCUGCAGAAGAGGAGUCCUGCCAUAAUCCCCACACUGGACCACCUCCAGGACCUUGCAGGUCCCGCCGACAAGUGUGUGAUUGACGGGAACAACUGCACGUUUGUCAGUGAUUUCAGUAAGAUCCAGCUUCAGAGCAACACGGAGACGCUAGAGCAACUACUGUGUGACUUCUUUGAGUUCUACGCCACUUUUCCAUUCAGCAAGAUGUCCAUAAAUAUCAGAAAGACAAAGGAGGUCUGAGGACAUCAGAAGUGCUGUUCUGAGCAAACAAGACAUCUGAAGGGUAUAAAACCAUCUCCAAGGACCUCGGUAUCCCUGUUUUAAUGUUAUCUUGCAAAGCGUGGGAAUGUCAUGGAUGUGGUGGGGAGAGGAAUAUUGAUGAGAGAAGUCUUUGAAGGUGGGAACUGUGGAAGAAUCUCCACAUUAAACAUCCAAAUACUUGCAAUAUGCUGCACACUAAACCAAGUAGGGCUUUAAGGAUGAAGGCUGAGGGAGACUCUGUUGCUGAAAAAGUACCGGGACAAAUCCCAAUCCUUCUGGGAAAAUGUUCUACAUACAGACCAAACACAAAUAGAAUUUUCUGGCAAUGAACACCAAUAAUUUGUUUACAGUCAAUGAAAUGAAACUCACAGGGUACAGAAGACAUCCCAACAAUUAAUCCUGGUGGAGGAUCCAUAAUGCUGCGUCUGAUGCUGGAGGCCUCGACCACAUCACAGGAAUCAUAAAAUUAGAAAAUAACAAAAGGUUUUGAGGAUGAAAUGUGCUACUCGGUGUAAGAAAACGAGGUUCCAGCAAGAUAAAGGCUUGUAAUGCUUCCUCUGCAGCCCGUAAUGCUUCUAAGGUUUUAUGUAAAGCACCUUGAAUUGUCUUUUACAUUAAAUGUAAUGUACAAAUAAAGUGAGGUUUAACACAGCUGAGGAAGCCUGCAGGCAGACCGUGGCAUGAACCAUGCCCAUAAGCUUUCUCUGGUGGUGCUGGAGCCAUAAAUCUGCUUUACUAUCCAGCAAUUCUCCAUCAAGCUCAUCUUUACCUUCUUUUUCAGGUGGGUUAGAGCAGUGGUUCCCAACCUGGGGUCUGGGACCCCUCAAGGGAGUCCCCCAAAGAACACAGGGGGUCCCUGAUCCUUUGAACAUUAAAGCCAUUGUGAUUAAUGUUCACAAAUUAUUCCUAUUUUAAGGAAAAAAGUAAGACUGUAUGUUGUUCAUUUAACUUUGGCUUUAACAAAGAACAGGACUCGACCAACUUUAUUUUGAAAGCCAAAAACUAAGCAUGGUUCCAGCACAGGGUGGAGCAGGGGGUCCAUGGCAUUUUAGUAUAUGCAUGAACGAAGUCCCAAGGGAAGAAGUUUGGGAACCAUUGGGUUAGAGCAUGCAGAGCACCACGGAGGCUUUUCUGUUCCUCCCUGACCCAUAAGACAUUCCCUUACAGCAGCUAUUUCCCACAAAUGUGUUUCCAGUUGCCAACCCUGUCCCCAUCCAU